CAGAGAGCAGAAGAAGGAGGGAGGUAUUGGGAAGAGAGGGGUACUGUGCUUGGGAAGAUUGCGGAGAUGUUCUCAGAUAACUUUCACGUCUCGGGCUCUAAGGGCUCUUCAUGCAGUAGGUGAAAGAGAGGAGGAGGGUUAUAAACACAGCAUCCAUUUUUUUCAAAUAUUUUUCAAACUCUUCAUGGAUUCUACUUACUGCAGAAGUCGUUCCACUUCAGCCCUUAGUUUGGACGCCUCCUCUGGGGGAAGCUUGUCCAAAUCUCGGAAUAUCGGCGGUGGGUAAUCCAUUUCUCCCUCCUCGGAGCUCUCCCCGUCCCCCCUCUCUCCUUUUUCAAUGCCAUUGCCCCUGUCACGUUCCAGCUCCCCCACGGCGUGGACCAAGACCUCCCGGGAGAGGCCCGAUUCUAGCAGGGCCCAGACCAGCUGCUCCUGAAGGGCAGUCAGACGGCUUGGCUUCGCCUUCUCCUCACCCUCCAUUACUCUGACGCCUUACCUGCUGCCGCUUUGCAAACAAACUCUCAUGUGCCGUUUACACUCAGAGCUGAGACAGAUGGGCCAUUUUUGUAGAAAAAAGAUAUACUUUCAUUUUUUCUUAUGUUGACUUUCCUCACGAGGAGUCCUGAGCUGCCUGGUUUUGGCUCUCCACCUGCUGUUUAGCUUUCAAAGGUCACUUAUUUUUUCAACCUUCUUCCUCUUCUCCCCCUCCUCCCCCCGCCUUGAACUUUGUCCCCUCUCCCUCGGUCCCCAACGGUGACCAAAGUGCAGUUUAACAAACAAUUAGUUCAAAACAAAAAAGCUAAGACGGGGCAGUCUGUAGAAAAGUUGAAAAACUUUAGCAGCUGAUCUCCCCUCUCAUUGGACAAGGUGAGGAAUGCCGUCAUGUACUAAUUGAGUUAUCCUCUUUUGUUAAACAUCAACAUUGAAAAUGGAAUGAGGUCAUGUGGCAAUUUUAAAACUAUGUUGUACCAUACUACAUUAACGCAGCAUACUUGACCUGUCCUGUUCUACACUAGGGGGAGCUAUUGACCCAUCCACAAAGCUAUACUGCACUGGUAUUUACAUCUUUACAUUGUGCACUGCAGUGGAUGUAGAUGUCGCUAUUAAUAACAUUUUUUCCCGUAACUUGACUGCUUUCAACUAGAUUCUAAAACAGAUUUUUAACUUUUCAUUGCUUGUUUUCUUGCCGUUCACUUUAUAACUCAUCAAUAUCAUAUAAGUACUUAUACACAAGGUAUACACAUAUUUACAAAGUAUAAGGGAACCACUGUGUCUGCUUUCAUUGACCUAUCACCUAUUAUAUAUUUGUCUGUUGAUGAUACACGUUUAUGGCACUUUUAUCAAUGCAGUAGUCAGCCGUUUUUCCUGGGGGGUCACGUUUCAGGAACACCAGCAAAUGGCGAAAAUCCACGAGUAAUUGAUACGGCCAUAAAAAUAUAUAUUUCUGUGUGCAUUUGCAAUAAAUGUGACGAUUGUAUUUAUUAGAUUUAGAUUCAGCUCGACAACCCUCGCCUUCUCUCUCCAAUUGCCAUUAUUCCCUUGCGACACGAUCCAGGCUAAAUAUGCCUCUCACACUUAUUAAACGCAUAUAAAGUAUAAAAUGUGUAGGUGCUCAACACUAAUGAAUGAUAAUGUAAGAUGCUUGAUGGCUGUUAAAACUGGUGCUUUCGUAGCCAAAAGAGGUUUGCAUUUCAGCACAACUACAGUAUGGUGCAUUCAAGGACAACCGAACAAAGUGCGAAAUCUCAGUGCUUGACAAAAAAGACACUAUCAGACAUAAAGAUGUAAAAACUGCGGUCUUUUUAACAGUGGUACAUGUAUGCUGUACAUUUGAGCUAUAUUAUCACAUAGUUAUAAAUUAUUACCGACUUAUGGUGAAUUAAAUGUGUUCACUGCAGAAAACAGCCUAUUUUCCAAGAAAAACAAUAGCAAUUAAAAAAAGAAUUUAUUGACCAAAUCAGUGAAUUUGCGGAGUCGUGAAUGCUGAAUGCUGAUCCGCUGUAAUUGCUGUGACACAGAGAAGGGUUAAGGUUAAAUAAACAAUUUUUCAGACAUGUUUAUUGUGCAACUGUAAUGCCACCUUGUUAUGCAUGUUCAAAAUAAACUAAGCCAUUUCCAUACACCAUUUAUUAUUAUGAAUAUCAUGUUGUGGCUACUGAAAUGUCCACCUCUAUCUUUAGCUGUUUAGUUAUUUUGUGAAGUUACUGUUCAUCCUCACAUGUUCUACUUAACAUAAAAAGGUGUAAUAAGCAAAGUCACACCUCAAACUUGCAAGCGGGAUUUCUCCUUUUGUGUUAAGGCUUUUCUUGGUUAAGCAAAAUCUGAUUGUGAUUUGCAAAUACAAGAUUUUUCCAUUGUUGACCCUUCAUGGCAAACAAAACUAUGGGAAAGAAAAAGGGCAAACAGAAAGGGAGAAAACCUUUGCGCAUGAACAAAUCUUACUUGUUCUUUCAGUGUGAAACACUCACUUUUCUGGCCUGACUCACCUUAUACCAUUCUCAGGUUCAGCCUAUCAGCACCUUUUUGUGCGGCGCUCCUGUUACGCCACCCCACCCUUGGGAAGAUGGCAUUAUACUGUAUUUGGACUGGUAACAGAGCUCCCUCUAUCUCUCUGAGACAUGCUACUGACCUGUAAUUAAGUCUCAUUGUUGCUUUUCAGAGGAAACUCCUCACUAAAGCAUACAGAGGGCAGUGUGGGUGUGUGCAUUCCCAACAGUUCAGACGCUGCUGUGACUAACGCUCCAGCGCUCAUGCUUGGGUUUAUCAAAAUGGGCCACAUGUAGCACACGUUGCAGGGAGCUGCAAGCAGUACUGAUUGGUAAUGAGAUACAAUCCACACUGUCCAUCUUUCUUUAGUGAGGCUUUCUUCUGUGUAUUCACUGCUAGUUCUCCACCUCCUCCUAGCGUGCCCCCACCACUACCGCCACCAUUCAACCCCAUUGAUCAUGCAUGCAGAAAUUUAACACAUCCCUCCAUUCCUGUCCAAAUAGCCCUUGUCCCACUUCCAGAGCUUCAUCUGCUGUGAAGGGCAGGCACGUUAGCACCUUCAUAAAAUAAAUGAUCUGCUUGCACUUCCUAAACUAUAAACUUUAUGGCUGAGAAGUUGAACACACGCAGUAUAGAUCUCCAUUCACUCUUCAAUACAGUGGAACACGUUCAUGUCAACAACCCGUCGACCAACUCAUCAAGUGCCCUUCUACCGUGUUCUUUUUACAAUAAAGUCCCCGCUUUAGUCGACGUCGACAUACAUGGUCGACCGCUUUUGUCAACAUAAAAUUUGACUGCCAAAGGGGUCAUUUCUAUGAAAAAUAGGUCAGUUUAUGUUGACGUGUGUUAUGGUAUUGUCAACUUCGUCAUUAUUGCUAAGCAGCGUGAAAUGACAAUAGCAACCUGACAACUAUCUAGUUACACAGCAUUCAAACGUGCACACAGUGACUUCCUGUUUAGUGCUAAAGUAAGCUUCAACAUAAAAGCAUGGCGGUAUUAACCUGUUGGAGCCUGGAUAACCAAAUGCACCCAUUUGUUCUUUUUUUAAGAUUAUUAGCCACCAGAAGAAAGAUAUUUGUAUGUAUGAAAGCCUUAUUGUUAUCGUAGUCAAGUCAUACAAUGACAAUGACAUACAACACUAGUCAGUAGUCAGUAAUGUUACACUGAUGAGACAUGACAUUCGAUUACAUUACCUUCACACUGCAUGGACUCAGCCAUGGCAUCUCGACAUAAUAGAGUGAAAAAAUGUUCUCAAAUUUGGUGUGGAAGUGGUAAGGUUUUGGCUUUUUACUUUGUCCUUCUUCCCCAUUCCGUUUAAAAACCUUUAUUAAGUUUAGAAUAAAUAAAUUGGAGGCUAACUAAUUAGCUCGGUACCAUGCUAUUUUUAAAGCGGCGGUCGUCUCUUGUGUCCCUGCAGUGAUCCUGUAGCUUGCACCUACUGUUUACUGUUGAGCAAUGUGGUGUAAACAAAGAAUAAUAGGAGAGUAAAGGUGGCGAUGGGGUGUUAUUUCAUGUUUACAGGGCUCUACUAAUGGUACAAAUUGUAUGUAGAAAGUCUCUAAUUGUAGUUUUCUAUACUCUCACUACGAAAAUAUUCAAUUUAUUAAUAUUGAAUCUUUUCGCGGAAAUUCACUUAUCGCGAUUAACCGCGAUAUGCAAACUGUACUCCAGCACUUUUUGUGGAGAUGCAUGCACCUUACACCAAACACUAUAGUCAAAGCCAGCAUUGUCUUUGUGUGAAUUACUGUACUUAGGCCACUGAUUGGUCUUAACAGUGGUUACCAGGUCACAUGUUGAAGCAGCGUUGAGAAGAUUAGCUGGAGCUGGCUUUGGCAUUAAUUGCAUACUUAAAACCCAACGGUGAAUGAGCACAGCACACAAGCCUCCUGUUAGAGCACACUGCCUCAGCAGGUUGGCAGUAUGGAGGAGUAUUAAAACUUGAGGCUAACUAAAACCUUUAAAAUACUGAUUUGCCAGAAGGAUUGGAGCUCUUUUAGUGAAGUUUCACGCACAUCUAUGAAGCCAUUACUUUAUAAAAGUGCCAACCACCCUAAAAAAUCAACUAUGAUUGUUAAACACAUAUUGAGGCUUUUUUUUUUAAAACAAGAAUUUAGUAAAGCUGUUCGAAAUCAACAAGGAUGUGAGUAGACGUUAUUGCAUUGUUCUUUCACAAUGAAGGCUGGUCUCCUUGGAAACUUCCUUCCUCCCUUUUGUCCUCAGUCGUGGUGAUGUUGUUUAUUGAUAGAAAUUCUCAUGUUGUUUGCUAUUAACAAUUCACGUAUAUAAAAAAUAGUUUAAAUUAUUACUUCUAUGUUGGCUAUAACUUUGACUUUCUUUUACACGUUGUAUUUUAUGUGACACAACUGCAUUGUGGUUUUCAAAUAUGACCCUGUCUCUUUUGAAUGAAUGAAAAGAGGGCAGACACCUGCCAUAUGUAAUAAAAUGCAGUUAAAAAGCUGUGUCAAACGUUUAUACCCAUCUUCUAUGCCGCUUAUCCUCACUGGGGUCGCAGGUAGGCUGAACCUAUCCAAGCUGACUUCGGGCGAGAGGCGGGGUACACCCUGGACUGGUCGCUAGCCAAUCGCAGGGCACAUAUAGACAAACAACCAUUCACACUCACAUUCAUACCUAUGGACAGUUUUGAGUUGCCAAUUAACCUAACAAGCAUGUUUUUGGAAUGUGGGAGGAAACCGGAGUACCUGGAGAAAACCCACACACACACAGGGAGAACAUGGAAACGCCACACAGAAAUGCCUAACGGAGAUUCGAACCGAGAUCUUCCCGAUAUCCUGAUCUCCACACUGUGAGGCCACAAGUGCUAACCAUCAGGUCACUGGUAUCUGUGUUAGCACAUAUUUAUAAAUUCUUAUCGCCUUUGGGUGAAUGUGAAAUAAACUUUAACCAAAGUUUGCGAGGCUGUGAAAAUGUACAGAGAGCCGCUGUGUAUUCAUUGUGUUAGCCAUGGAAAAGGGGUAGGAUAAAAUAAGCUCUGCUUCUCUCUACCCUUUUUCUGAAGUGUGGCAUCGUGCAAGUGUGAAUGUGGUGUUCUUCAAUGGAAUUUUGCAGAAUAUGUUUGAACUAAACUAUAGUAGAGUUUUGAGGGUUACUUUCAAAGACCCACCCGUGAAUGGCGAAAAUGUAAGAACCCAUAAAAAGGCCUAAAAUGCCUAUUUUUGAUACUCAAAACCGUUGGUUCUCAACUAGUUUGGCUGAAGGACCCACCAUCACUCCUCAGUGACAAGUGGCGGCCCAAAUUGUGGAAAUAUUUCAACUAAAACUUCUUAAACAGCUUAUAUUUGAAGGGCCUGUUUGCAGCAAUUUUGCAGAGGGCGCUUACUUUCUAAUAUGUUGCAAGCAUUCCUGCUCAGGAACAAUUAGGAAUGGGUACGGAUAUUUUUAUAGGCACCAACCAAAUUUCACUGGUACUACCGAGCACCGAAUCAAGUAAAAUCAAAAGGUACCAUGUUUCGGUAGCAAAACGGCAGUCUUGUGGAGUGUCAUGGUGCCGCUCCUAACAACAUUAAAUUCAAAAGACACAAAGACGAAGCCAGAGGGACGGGGAAAUGUUUACAUCAUCAAGGAGACAAAUUAAAGCUACAGAGGGUGAACUAAGACAUAUUUGAAGUAAAUGGCUACUAUAAAACCUACCGUGGUAUGACGCCUGGAUGCAUCCCGGUGUGUAGAAACGACCAAACAGCCAUAUUUUACCAUUACCUUUAAGAAAAGUACAAUGAAAAAAUAUAAAAAAAACAUGACAAUAUAUUGCAAUCUACAAAUUUAAUUUCUACUACGUUACACUCGUCUGCAUUCUGCGUGUAUGCUGGCAUCCCCGCCUCCACGCAUCGAGACAAAGAGACUACAUGACUGAGAAAAGGGCCCGCUCCACUCAUGCUGUUGUUCUAUGGAACAAACACAGCAAUGCACAGAGUGACCCCUCUGCCUGCCUGUUUGGAGACGAGGAAAACUCGCAUGUGCAUAUAUCGAGGUCCACAAAAUUAUCAAGUUAAUUAAUUGUGUGAUUAAAUAAUUAAUUUAUUAUUGUCCUAGGCCUAGUGCCCACGAGACAUUUUUUCUCUGAACGAGAAAGCUUGUCACAUUGUAAUCUCGUGAGAUCUUGUGACACCCCUAGUAAAAAGCUUUUAAAGUAUGUGAGAAAGAACAUUCACAGCUAACAUUUUUAUUGAGUAAAGUAAGCUUGUAAUGUCCAUAUACAACAAUUUAAAUCCCAUUGACAUUUAAUCCAACAAUUACAAAUAAUUCACUACAUAGCAGAGAGUUAGUGAACUUAAUCUAUGCCAAUGGCGAUUUUUUUCUAUUUCUCUGAUGAGCACAACCACAUGAACCAAAGCAGAUGUCAUUUAAACACACGUGAAACCUUACCAACAACAUGGAAGAGCUGUAGAAAGUUAGAGUAGCCGUUAGACCGACGGCUUCUGCAAGGAAAGCUUGUAGCUUCGUCGUCUUCUACACGCACAGCGAGUCAAUGACCACAAUCGCCCCCUAGCGUUCAUAGUAGUGUGGUGAGGUUUGCCUCACUUUCAUUUGGCGUUUGUAAUGCAGUACAGUGUUCCGUUGCUGUAUUGCGGUUCACCUGUCGCGGAUUCGCUGUUUCGCAGAUUUUUUUAAGUGCAAUUUUGCAGAUAUAUUUUUUUAACAGUGUAUGAACACGCCUUGUGGUUUAUUACAGCGAUCUAUCCGUGCUCUGUUGUAUGUGUCUGUUAUUGUAUUUACUACUGCUACAAGUAGAGGGUGUUGUGUACUCGUGUGAGGAGGAGGAUGAUGGCAGGAGAAAUAUGUUUGAAAAAGGAUACUAAAACGUUACAGCCGAACAGCGCCAGGACGAGGCACGAUCAGAGGAGUGAAUACACGUCACGUAAUAAUUUCUUGUGUCCAACCUAGUAGAUUGGUCAUUAAAAUUCAAACGAAAUUUUUACUUUGAGAGUCUUUAAACAAGAGAGAAUUAUGAGGAAAUGUUAAUGCCUGUCUGAGAAAAGUGUAUAAAGUGUAUUCCGAGGGGUUUUACAGCCUUAAAACAUAUAUAAUAAUUGUAAACGCAGAUUGUAGUAAUUGUAGUUGCAGUUUUUGCUUAUUGCGUGCUAUUUUGGGAACCUAUCCCCCGUGUUAAAAACAAGAGAACGCUGUACUUCAAUUUGUAAAAUAUUAUGUCUAUUUAUUUUUUCUCCAUCCUCUUUUUCUCGUUUCUUUUAAACUUACUCCAUUGACUCCCAUUACACAAUUUUUCCAGUUGGCAAGGGAUUGGUAAUGGUAAUGGUUCAUUUCAUCCUGAACAUGCACACGAGUCACACUGGAGCACAUCACGUAGUACAAUUCACAAUUUUGCAUGUCCUCUAAACCCAAAAUAUGCCUCUCACACUUAUUAUAAGCAUGUUUUAAAUUCAGUUUUAUACAUUGAGGAAUAAUUACAGGCAUACAGUACACAGUAUUGUUCUUACAAAACUUGAAGUUACACAACAUCACGUCUUGUUAACGUAUCUUCCUGCUGGAAAAUGUUGAGUGAAAAGGCUGGGAUUCAUAGCUGCAAGCACUCUUUUUUCCUUUGUCGAAAGCGCCAUCAAACCACUUUCUGUGUAAGUUAUCAUAAAAAAAAUUAAAACAGAAAAAAUACACAAAUAUGCGGGGGAGCGAAUGCCGAACUGCAAAUAGAUCCACUGUCAACUAUUACCCUUCAUCGUAAAGUAAAUCAAGUUCAUUUUGCAUCUUUAAGUCCUCUGUUGCUAAAAAGGUCUUCAUACAUCACAACAAUCAAGAUACAAGUCACUUAUCAUAUAAGUGUAGCAGCUUAAACAUGCUCUUAUAUUGAAGGUUUGCACCGGAAGUUGCGCUCUCACUGACAGACGCUUUAUGCGCUGUCCCUUGGUGGUGGGAUGGAGGGAAGACAGCAGUGUGGACGGAGUGACGGAGGAGGAGGUGGAGUCUGUCCCAGCUCGCAUCUGGCCCGCUCCCCUCUGUGACACCCCAGGCCAAACCCACCCUGAGCCUCUCACUCACUGUCCGCCUGUUCACAGAGCAGCACACACACACACACACACACGCAGGGCCAGGACACGGAAUGGAUACGGAAGGGAGCCAGAGCAGCUUGUCCACUACGGACUCCCCUCACGACCCCUGCAAAAUGUUCAUAGGUGGACUCAGCUGGCAAACAACACAAGAGGGUCUGAAGGAGUACUUUUGCAAGUACGGCGAAGUGAAGGAGUGUAUGGUGAUGCGAGAUCCGGUUACUAAGCGCUCGAGAGGCUUCGGAUUUGUCACCUUUGUGGAUCAGGCCGGUGUGGAUAAAGUUUUGGCCCAAACCCGGCAUGAGUUGGACUCCAAAACAAUUGAUCCAAAGGUGGCAUUCCCCCGGAGGGCUCAACCGAAGUUAGUGACUCGCACCAAGAAGAUCUUUGUUGGAGGCCUGUCAGUGAACACCACUAUAGAAGAUGUCAAGCAAUACUUCGACCAGUUUGGAAAGGUGGACGACGCCAUGCUCAUGUUCGACAAGACCACCAACAGACACAGAGGGUUCGGCUUUGUGACCUUCGAGAACGAGGAUGUGGUGGAGAAAGUCUGUGAGAUCCAUUUCCAUGAGAUUAACAACAAAAUGGUGGAAUGCAAGAAAGCUCAACCCAAGGAGGUGAUGUCCCCAACUGGCUCGGCCAGGGGGCGCUCUCGGGUGAUGCCCUAUGGCAUGGAUGCCUUCAUGCUGGGGAUUGGUAUGCUCGGUUAUCCAAGCUUCCAGACUGCCACCUACACUAGUCGGAGCUAUGCAGGCAUCACCCCCGGAUAUACCUACCAGUUCCCUGAGUUCCACUUAGAGAGGACUCCCCUUCUGACUUCACCCCACCCCCCUGAGCUCACAGCCAUUCCCCUCACAGCGUACGGACCAAUGGCGGCGGCGGCGGCAGCAGCAGUAGUCAGAGGCUCUACCCCAUCUCGCACAGCUGGAUUUUUGGGAACCAGCAGCCCGGGCCCCAUGGCAGACCUUUAUGGAACAGCUGGUCAGGAGUCAGCGGUCAGCAGUUACCUCAGUGCUGCAAGUCCUGCACCGAGCACUGGAUUCAGCCACAGUCUUGGGGGUCCUUUGAUCGCCACGGCCUUCACUAAUGGCUAUCACUGAGAAAUGCAGGCGUUUUGGCGCAGAGCUGGAGGGAGUUGACGCUAUUUUGGAGCUGAUCUGGCCUGUCUGUGUCCACUCUGCCUCUCAAGGUGGGGGAAGCUGAACCCCCAUCACACACACGCACACACGCACAUGCUGAUGUCAACCUCACUUCAGCAUAAUCUCUUUUUUAAAAAGCCAGCAAAAAGAACAAAACACAUACAAAUGCUGUAUUUUCUGUGUUAUUUUUUUCCUGUUCUGUUCACUUUGUCGUUUUGAGCAACCGCUGCAUUUUGUGCUAUCAGGUUAUCUGGCCUCUUAUUUCUCUCAUAAAGAGCUGAAUCUCCGAGCGAAGGCCAGGAGCGGUACUAAAAAAAAAAAAUGUCAAAAGUUCAUAAUGAAUUUUAACCAUGAUUUGUGAUCAAUUCCGUUUUUUGAAAAGGUGUCACAAAAUGUAUAUCGUCGUAGGUUUUUAACAAAAUCGUGUUACCUUUAAAAUGAAGAGGAGGGUCAUUGGUCACAGUUACAUGCUCGGCCUACAUGAGCUGUACAAUGUUGUAAAAUACUGUAAAUAUGACUUUUGUUUGGAGGUUAAAGAAGAAGGAUGGGUGUGGGCGCAGCUAUAUUUAGGAUCUGGGAGGCUUUAGAGAAGUGAUACAGUUACUUCUUCAACAAUUCUACACUUUGUUACAUAUCAUAGAUUGAGAAAACCAUCUCAGUAUGUGUCUGUCACUGUUAGACCAGCCAUACUUUUGCGUAGGCAUUUCUAUUCCUGUGUCACUUCAUUGAAAAGCUGCUGUGAGUUCAGCGAGGGAGGAGUUGUCUUUAUUUUAUUGUUUUUGAGUGUGGGUGGGAGGGUGUACAUGCACGGAAAAAUGCUCCUUACAUGGGAGAGGGGGAAAAACAUGCUGUUUUCUUACUUUGUCAUAUUGUUUUUACUGUGAUUUUCAAGAUGUGAAUAUUGGAUGAUGGAGGAACAUGAAGGACGAGUCUGUUACACACACAUGCCAACGCUAACAGCCACUUUCUGCUCUGUGCUGGUUGUGUGUUUGUGUGUGGCAUGGUUUCCUAAACAUGUACCAUGUUUGUGGUUGGGGAGGGAGGUACCUCUGUGCAAAUGUGAAAUUUUAAUUAGACUUUUUAAUGAUACAUUAACAUUUUUAUUGGAAAGGUGUAAAUGCUACAUCCAUCAGUGCAUAUCCACUGCAGGGGGCAGUUUUACAGCAAAAUCACUGCAUUCAAAGUGAAUGGGAUGUUGCACUGGCUGACCAAUAUGACCAAUAUGUAUUCAGCAGAAUAACAAAGCACUCCCGAUCUACAAUAUACCUAAAAGAUUUUCAUAUUUUCAUUGACCUUCACACUCACCGACACUACUGCAGGUAGUUCAUACUUUGAUGCUGGAAAGAUAACAAUCUCGUCAACACUGUAACCCGAACUUCACUUUUCUGUCAUGAUAUUUCUUUUGAGGAAAAAAAAACUUUUUAAAAUUCCUAAUAAAUUAUUCAAAAACAUUC